AUGAAAACUAGCACCCUCGUCCUCGCCGCCAGCGUUGCGACCCUAAUAUACGCGCAAAAUAUUCCACUAGAAAGAGUCGGCCGUCGAUCCUUCGAAGCAAAUAAUGGGGGAGUCGAAGUCAUUACGAGCAACGCCAAGACUCUCAAGCGGCAGGAGGCUGUGCCACCUGUCGUGCCCGUACCUACCAAUGGAGACACAGGGACGGCGCUAGAACAACCACCUCAAGAAGAGGAAGAAGACGAAGAGGCCGAGGGCGCCGAAGACGAGGAGGAGGAAGAGGAAAGUGAGAGCGAGAGCGAGAGUGAGAGUGAAAGCGAAAGCGAGAGUGAAGGAGAGGAGGAGGAGGAGGAGGAGGAGGAAGAGUCUGAAGCAGGCCAAGGAAACGCUGUGGCGGCAGAACAGCAACAGCAGGCACCCGGAACACCAACGGCAGUCGGCGCCGUAGCUGAGGCGUCUGGGGGACAAGAGCAGGCCAGGGUUCAGCUGCCAGCGGGAAAUGGUACCACAUCUGCCGCAGAAAUCAUCGAGGGCCCGGAUGGCAGCCAGAUUGUGAUGGGGAUGGGUGUUGUGAACGCGGAUGGAAUAUGUACCUGCAAUGCUGCGUGUCCAGCUGGUUCGAUUCCAGCAUAG